CACGCAGUAGACGUUCAGGGGAACCAUGACAGUUUGCACAGUUGCAUGCUUGUAACGUUAUUCUAGCUACCGACUUUAUGACUUGUACUUGCUGUAACCUCGAGACCGUAGAUAAGGAAGCCGAAAUGACUGUCAGAGUGAACUGACACCUCAACAUCAAGCUCGGCAGCUAAUCUUUUUAACGGAGACUGUGGGCUGCUCGAGAUAUUUCCCCCAGAGACCGCAACGACAGUCCAGGGUUGCCAAACAACAAGCAUCAUUCAGUGUCAGCCAGAGGUAGCAGCUGGAGCUCUCAAGUCGCCUCGACCCUGCUUCGCUGGAGCCUGUUCAUUCCUUCUUCAACACACUGGGUCAACAAUGCCUGCGGACCCCCUGCCUGAACGCCCAGUGUGCAUUGGUGAUUUGGUGUUAGACAUCUUGCAACCACAGCACCUUUCCAAAAACCCCUGACUGACAAGUGUCUGUGGGCAUCACCCUACUUCUGGUUCCACUUCCUGGCCCCGCUGCUGUUGCUUAACACUUUCUCAUCUCCUCUUAGGAGGGGCAGGAUGCCUUUAGUGGUUAGAGAAACGUCUUUGGCUGUAUGGGUAUAAUGCAAGCAUGUGUCCUGCUGGAGUUUACUUGAGUGAGGCACUAAUUCCACACCAGCUCUCAGGAAUGCUUUGCAGUGGACUUGGACCUCUGAACUCUCUCUAGAUACAGACAGUGGGAAAGAGAAUCUCCCUGCAGAAAUCAAGUAAUUAUCACUUUAUUGGUAUAGCCACAGCCCCCAAAAAAGACCUUCAGCCUCAGACUGAGCCUCUGCAGCUCCCCUCCGCUUCGCCACCGCAGUACCAUGCUGGGUGCACUCUUGCGGAGGAACAUGUCCCAGAAGCUGAGUGUGCUGCUACUGGUAUUCGGCCUGGCGUGGGGACUUAUGCUGCUGCGCUACACUGUGCAGCAGCCUCGCCAUCAGAGCAGCGCCGAGCUACGUGAGCAGAUCCUGGAGCUCAGCCGGCGAUACGUCAAAGUUCUGACAGAGGAGAACCAGAAUGCACCAGGUGGGCCGCAGGGAACAUCCAUGGCUGGUUAUGCUGAUCUGAAGAGGACUAUCGCUGUGCUACUGGAUGACAUUCUGACGCGGCUGGUCAAACUGGAGGGGAAAAUCGAGUUGGCGGUCAAUGCCUCCUCCACUAACACCUCCCACACAGCAGGGGGCGUUCUUGCCUCUGCUCCCGCUGCCCUACAGAAACCUUUAAAGCAGGAGUCCCCUGGCAGCCACCCAGAGACAUCUCGCCUUCACCCACACAUCCCUAAUAGGCCUCGGCCACAUCAAGGAGCAUAGUCUUGAAAGAAGUAUUGAUUUAUUUUUUAUUUUUAGCACAUCACACUUUUCCAGCAUUUAUCACUGAUGUCACAACAUCAGAGAAAUGAAAAGCAAUAGUGAGACAUACGGACAUCCAGAAACUUCACAUAUGGGAUGAUUCUUAGAAAUGUUCAGCCAACUCAGAGGGAAGAAGGGAGACUUUAUGCUCUGUCCUCUCAUAUGCUGACAUUUAUUUAUUUUUUACCAAGACUAUCGAGCACUUUUUUUUUUUAUAUAUAUAUUUGCAUUGCUAAUUUAAUUUGGCUUAGAUUUUAGCAUUUUUUUUAUAAUGCAAUAUUUGAAUCAUAUGACUGUUAGUAAAUGCAGAGAGGUAUAAAUACUCUUGGAACUGAACCAGAUUCUCAUACGCUUUAUCAUAAAAAUGGCUUGAAGUGCUCCCCUAUCUACAUUGUAAACUAUUUUACAAUACUGCUUCAAUAUAUCAAAAUGCUGAACUAAACUGUAGUACACUCGGUGAUAGUUAGGAAUAGCAGACUGCUAUUUGUCAGUUUUUAGCUGGUGCAGUUGCUAGUUACUGUAUGAAGAAGAAUCAGUUACACUUUACUUGAAGGUAUCUACAUAAGAGUGACAUGACACUGUCAGGAACGUGUCAUAAACAUUAUAAAGAAGUCAUAACGUUUAUGACAUAACAGUAAGUCAUGACAAGUUAUGGUUAGGGUUAAGGUUAGGGUUCAUGUGUUAUGACAGUGUCAUGAGUUCAUGACAUUGUCAUGUAACUCUUAUGUAGAUACCUUAAAGUAAAAUGUUACCGAAGACUCUUUAGCUUACACAUAGUUUUAAGAAUAAUUAAACGGAAUAGAUCGCCUGGAAGAGAUAAUCCAAAGAAUGUUAUUUGCACUCUAUCUGCAGGCAGUAUAUAAUUGUGUAUUUACAGUUGCUGCACGACAGUUUGAGGUUUAUGUAGAAUAUGAUGGGAUGAUGCCUAUUUGCCACUGUAAACAUGAGUGUGUGUGUGCUUUGUCUCAGUUGAAAUCGAAUGGUUCCCUUGUCCACGGAUGACACAGUGUUUUAACUUAAGUGUGUAGCUGAUUGAAUGUACUGUGUAGUCAGUCUUAAGCCCUUUAGUGCUGUUAAGAUGACUGAGCUACUGCUUACACAUGUUCAGGGUUCAUGUUGCACUGUGACUCUAUAGAGAUUUUCUAAAAAUACUGGGCUCUUCCAACUAUGACUGAAGGGAUAUUUUUAGGAGGGUGGACGUCAGACUCUGGAAUAUUCAUUCUUCCACCCUUUCUAAUUGUCCCGAGUAUGGUUUCCAUAAUACUGAGAAAGUCUAGUGCCUGCACAGAGGAAGAAGAUCUAUAAUUUGCACAUCAUGAUGUUCAUUAACAUGAUGACUUUGUGCGUCAAGUAAGAUGGGCAAUACUUUCAUCAAUACUACUUGGGGAUUGUAUGAGACAAAGUCUAUGUGGGUGGCAUAAUAAAAUAUGAGGGGAAACAUGCUUUAUAAUGUUGCUUACACAUUACAGACUUAAAUAUACGUGAAGGCCUUUAGACUGAAUUUUCAAACUGGUUUGUCUAUGUCUGCAUUGAGUAAUGCCAUAAUUGUACUUUGAUUCAUAAUGCUAAAGUAGAAAAGAUGGUGAGCCAGGCAGCUGCUGUGAGAUAGCUUUACUAAUAAAUUGACCUUAUGCUAAGAAUUGUCCCCUCAUUUAAAUGAAUUGUAUUGCUACACAUACAAUGUGUUGGGGGAAAUAUGCCUAGUGUCACUCAGGAGAUCAUGUACCACACAAGACAAUAAAUCCAGACUGAUUUGCUUCUU